CCAGAGUGCCAGUGCGUACCGGGUGACGAAGGUGGGUGGACGUGUCGGCUCCUAGCUCCCCACAUUACCCUACUGGAUUACCUGUCUCGCGUCAACACCCCGUCAUGCCUUGACUCCUAGGGGACACCUACGUGUGCGUGUUUUAUCUUAACAAAUAACAGUAAAUAAUUUACUUGUGAAUUUAGUAACAGUAACGGAGGCGUAAUUAACUUUUUUUGUUUUUGAGAUAUAUACAAGAGUUGUCAAAUUAGUCUCUAAAUGCAGAACAGCCACGCAAUUCUCGAUUCACUUCCGAGUGUGAGGGAGAACACAUGAUAGCUAAGGUGUGAUACAAGGUGUGUACAGAUUGCGAUUGCAACUUGUCCAGUAUGCAAGAGUGGUGGGAGGAGUGUGGUGCGAACUCUGACAGCUGCUACCACGUGCUUAGGGUCCACUCUCCCCUACCCCCUACUGACUCACCCAACCCCCCUUCAGCCCACACCAACUGCAGAUGUAGAGGGGCACGGCCGACGAAUACCUAUAGAGAGCGGCGCCAAGCAAGGCCAGACGUGUGAGGCUGUAACACCCAGGAAGAGAGAGCAGUGAGGUGCCAGCGUGAUGAGCAGGAGGCACACCUGGCACCUGACCCCUGGCCACGAUGGACAACUUCCGUAGCCUGCAGUGGCUGGCACUGGCACUAUCUACCGUCAGUGUACUCUCAGGGGCGCUGGUGGCCGGGUGCAACGUGGAGACGAGGGAGGUCGGGGUGUGUCUUCACGUGUACCUUGAGAGGGACUUCCUCACUAUGGAACGGAUCGUCUACCCACGACGCAACGCUCAACGCCGGGACAUACAGUACAACAGGUACUCAGGCCCCGGGGCGCUGCGUCAGCUACCCAAUUUGACUGAGCUGAACGAUGCCACCCCAGAGGGCAGUGUAGGGGCGGCUGCUGGGGUGUUGAGGAGGGUUGGCAUCCCAGAGGGCAGUGUAGGGUCGGAUGCAGGAGUGUUGCGGAGGUAUGGCAGACGCCAAACGCUUAGUGUGGCAGAAGUGGCGAAAGACAGACACAAAGACCAGCUUCUGAAGGAGGAGGACGGCUCCUGGAGUAGAGUGGGCCGCAGCGCCCCUGACAACUACGCCGUGAUUGACGCCUACGGCCAGCAUGGGUGGGUGGAAGGCCCCGAGCUGGAGGACUAUUGCAGCCGCCUGGGCACUGUUAUCACCUGCUUUGAGGACGUCCUGGUUGACUGUGACAACGGCUAUGACUUCUUCAGGUACCGCCACCUCCUGCACUCCCUGGACCGAGUACACACCUACCUCUGCCGCACUGCCAACGAUCGCACCUCCAGGUUUCUCCCAUUCCUGAAGUUGAUAGAGUGCGCAGAGAGAGCACGGGUGGGUGAAGCCUCAUGCCACCGACCCAACGUCACCAUAAACGUGUGGAACCAGAUCCUGCGGCUGGAGGUUGGCCCAGAGCUCUGCGACUCGCUCAACACGCAGCGAUCAUGCCUGCUAGAGAACGAGUAUGUGCUGCGGGAGUGUGGCGGUGAGGCGAAAGAAGAGCUCUACAAGAAUGUUUCGGGGGUGUUCUUGGCUACCUGGUGCCGCUUACCACUACACUCUCACUUUUUCCAGUACGCAAGAGCGUCUAGUCUACCUUCCUCUGCCUUCUCCCUCGUUCUUCCACUGUUGAUGUUCCUACUAGCAACUCUCCCAUCCUGUUGGUGACCCAGGUUCAAUAUUCUCCUUGCUGGUGACCUGGCUUGAUCACUCCCUUGCUGGUGAUCAUUGUACUAUUCCAGGCAGGUGCUCAAAACAGGCAUACUUUCAGAGGAGUAAAUAAUAGCAUGUUCGUGUGUUGAGGUAUAUGUAUCUUUGAUUGAAAAACUAUGGUGCAAUUUAUACCUCGCAAUCUCAAAGUUAUUACGAAGUGAUCAGAGUCAAAGAUUAAGUGAUCAAAGUAAUCGCCAAGUCAGAUGAUAAAACUGAUCCAAGUGAAAUAUUUUGAAAAUUACAGUACAGGUAUAAUGUGCCUGUCUUGGAAAGUAAAUAUGGCAUUUAAGAGACAUGAAUGCAGGCCACUUUUAUAACGUUGAAAUGUGACCGUGGCCUAAUAAAUUGAAAAAACUUAAACUAGUACUGGAUCAUAAAAACUUGUCAGUUUGCGAUGUACCCCUUCUGUGGUACAACGCGUAAUCUGUAGAAUUGUGACACCAGUAGGAAGUUGCAAGCAUUUCUGUGUUCACCGUUCUGUCUUUAUACACAGUGCGCCUGGUAUGUGCACUGUGCACCUUCUGGGUACACAGUGAGCCUGCUGUGUGCACAGUGCACCUUCUGUAUGCACAGUGCGCCUGCUGUGUGCACAAUGCGCCUGCUGUGUGCACAGUGCGCCUUAUGUGUGCACAGUGCGCCUGCUGUGUACAGUGCGCCUGCUGUGUGUACAGUGCACCUGCUGUGUGCACAGUACGCCUGCUGUGUGCACAGUGCGCCUGCUGUGUGUACAGUGCACCUGCUGUGUGCACAGUGCGCCUGCUGUGUGUACAGUGCACCUGCUGUGUGCACAGUGCGCCUGCUGUGUGCUCAGUGCGCCUGCUUUGUGGGCUCACCUUGUAAUAUGAUAUAUUUACUUAAAUUCAAUAGUGAAGUAAUAGUCAACCCGUGAGACUUGUAUAGCUGACUAUUCUGGGUCCCUUCAUUUCUGAACUUUUGUGUAUGUUUUGCAGAUAUGAUUGAUAUCUUCCCUUUUCCUGACAUUCCAGAGAAUGCUUAGCACUUGAACUGCUGUUUGCUUGUUACUAUGUGAGGAACAUAGCUCUCAGAGAAGAGUUAUAUUCCCACUAUGACAUUCGUUCAAAUGCAAUAGUGGGCACGUUAUCAGAUAUCAUUUGACAUAUUCAAAAAUCUGGAUUAUUUUUCAAUGUUAUUGCAUGAGACCGAGACCCAUCUAAGAUAUACCUGUGGUUUUGUUUGUUUUAUGUGUGAGAUUGUAUGUUGUACCAGUGGUACUGUAUCAACGUAAACAUGUGACACUGUUUCUAUGGUAUAACUAUAGCACUGUUUGUACCUAUUGCUCAGUCUCAAAGUAUACGCGUUGCUUAGUCUCAAAGUAUACAUGUUGCUUAGUCUCAAAGUAUUCCUGUUGCUCUGUUUCAAAAUAUAUCUGUUGCUCUGUCUCGAGUAUGCCUGUUACUGUCUCAAAAUAUACCUCUUGCUAUCGCUCAUAAUAUACCUAUUGUCUUCAAAACACCUUGCUUCAUGCACCAAAGACAAUUCAAAUUUAGGCAAUUCAUCAAAGUAAUGAUGAACUGGAUUUUGUUAGAUCGAGGGAUCAAUGAAUUUAAAAAAGAAAGAUGUUCUCAUCAUUUGUUUCAAAAAUGCUUCGAUAACAACAUUUUCAAUGUUUUUUGUGACCAAUGAAAGUCUAGAUGUUUACAGGCUGUGCUCCAUACACAGUAAUUUGUGGUUGAUAAUGUGCCCAUACAGUAGCCUACUACUGUAAAAGUAGUUUUCGUUUGGAGAAGUAUAUAUGUAAUCAACUUUCCAAAUGUGUUCCCAAUUUUUUUUUUUUUUUUUGGCAAUUGGUUGUUCAUCAUAGCACUGCAUUAUAACUGUGUGAUUGGAUUUAUCUUUUGAUGAUGCUCGAUUGAUUGCCUCUUGUGAUGACAGUUUGUGAUUAAAUUUAUCUCAUGAUGAUGCUGUGAUUGAAUUUAUCUUGUAAUAAUGAUUAGCAAUUAAUCUUACCUUGGGAUGAUUUGUGAUUAAAUUCUUCUCAUGAGUAUGCUUUUGUGAUAUAUUGGCAUUUUACUAACCAUUUCUCUUUAGGCUUCUUUUUUUAUUUCGUUUUGUUUUUCUUUGCAAUUUUGUUAAUAGGCUUAAUCUUUUCUAAUGCUUCUUGAUUUGUGAUUUGUCAUCAUCUGAAGCAACAUUUUAUAAUGUCUUAUAUAAUAGGAGGCUGCUAUUAACUACAGUGGAUAUCUUUUAUAUUGCUAGCCUCUUCCAACCCAUUAAUCAUUUGCUGUAAUUAUAAAUACAAAUAUUGCAUUAUGUAGGUGGGUGAUUCUGCGAACACUGUAUCAAAUUGUCCUCAAACAAUAUUUUUAUGCAAGAGAUGCAAGUGUAGAAAACGUGGUGGGUAUUGAGGAAUUAUUUCCAUGUGAAUUGUAUGCUCUUUUUUGUGUUAAAACUUCACUGAGCGGCAUCACGUCAUACCUUAGAAAGUUUCGUUUGGAUCACACUCACGUUUAUAUGUAAACUCGGGUUCAUAAUAACUGGUCGAGUUAUAUCAUUUGUACAGUUUUAACUCCAUUAAUGGAGUUAAAACUUUGUCAUCAGUUUUGUAUUGAAAAACUCCACUUUCCCAGUGGUGUCACGUCUUGUAAACAGAGGCUUCUAUUAUCAAGAAGAUCAACAAUACUGCUAUUGUUGAUCAUCUUUUCAGUAAAUCUUUAUAGUAUGAUACUAGUACUGAGAACAUAAGCUGUUAUAUUUAAGAGUGAUAAUUACCAUGUGAUCAAUAUAUUGAGUUUUAUAUAAAAGUCUUGUGUUCCGAGAGACGCAACUCGUGGUGUCUUUCAAGGUGAUAUUAAAAUAUUUAUUUACCUAUCAUAUAUACCCCCUCUCCUAAUGUUCUGUAUAUGUAUGUUUUGAUCUCAACCAUGUGUAUAUAUUUUAUGAAAACACUAUCGCUGGGUGCUGAAUAAAGUGUGGUACUGCAGUAUUUUCCACAAUACUCAUAGAGAUAUAAGAUUUAUGUACUUGUGCUUGCAGUUCUCGUGAGUAUAACCAGUACACGAAUGUUGUGAUGACAUGGUCUGGAGUUAGUCAGGAGUUGGCAUAAAUCACACAUCAAUCUUUAAGUAAUUUGCUGGUGCAAUCUUAAAUUACUAAGUAAAAACAGAAGUUAUUUGUGUCAUGUUGAAAUUUAGUAUUUAUAUUAAUAAAUUCACUAUAAACAUGUGCAUGUUAAUUGUAUUAUUCCUUUUAACAUUUGCUUUGGAUUGGUAAAGGAAUAGACACACAUUAUGUUUUUCAGCGAGAAAUUCUGUUGGCUAAUAAUUAUUCCAACCAAAUGCUAAUUACAUGAAGGUCCGACUUCCACACUGCUGCUUGCCUCUUCCUCCGCUCUGUUUCGCUUAGCUUACACUGCUGUUACCUAUUGAUGGCCUGCCUUAUACUGCUAUUACCUAAUUGGUGAUCUACCUUGUACUGCUGUUACCAAAUUGGUGAUCUGCUUUACAUUGCUGUCACCUAUUGGUGGUCUGCCUUCCAUUGCUGUUACUUAUUGGUGGUCUGCCUUCCAUUGCUGUUACCUAUCUUCUGUAGCAGGUCUGCCUCACACUCUUGCUAUGUAAUCCCUCUCAUAUCUGCCUUUAUCGACAAUCUGAAUGCUAUGCAUGAUUAUUAAACUAUUAUACAGCUAGAUUGCAAAUGUUGUUCCCUUUCUUUCCACUUAGAAAUUAUAAUUUGCAAAAUCCAGUGUAGGAUGUCAGGUGUCUGCAUUGUUUCCUCACACUAAGGGUGACACUCUUGCAAGGUUGUCACUCUUGCAGGGCUGUCACUCUUGCAGGGCUGUCACUCUUGCAGGAUUGUUACUUUUGCAGGGCUUUUACUCUUACAGGAAUGUCACUCUUGCUGAAUUGUCAGUCGUGCAGGGCUGUCACUCUUGCAAGGCUGUCACUCUUGCAGGGAUGUCAUUCUCAAUAGGGUGUCACUCUUGCAGGGAUGUCAUUCUCAAUAGGGUGUCACUCUUGCAGGGAUGUCAUUCUCAAUAGGGUGUCACUCUUGCAGGGAUGUCAUUCUCAACAGGGUGUCACUCUUGCAGGGAUGUCAUUCUCAAUAGGGUGUCACUCUUGCAGGGAUGUCAUUCUCAAUAGGGUGUCACUCGGUUGCGUGCCACUGGCAUUGAUAUAUCAUUUGCUGAGGUGUCACUUGGGUGCCAAUCUACUCUUGUUUAAAAAAUAAUGAAAACCUUCACUUAUCACAGUGAUAAACAGUCAGGAAUGUGUGAUCUCUAACCCGCGGGUGUUUCUCGAGGCCACCAGUCCCUCUUAGCCUGCAUAUCACGCACUAUUUGUAAAAUAAAACUAUACAAGUGUCAAGGAAUUCCUGAACACAAAGUAUGAGAUGCUUCCACAAAUUAAAGAAAAAAAAUCCUUUAAAUGGAUGAUGUCCCUAGCAACAAUCAGUUGUCAGAAAUCUCACAAUGACUACAGUAUUAGAAUACAUUUAGAGAUUUGUAGGGAAUGGACACACCUGGGCAGAUGUCACUUGGUAACACAAUAAAAUAUAUGUCAAUUCA